CUAUUUCUUUUGUUGAGGUUGUAAAAAAACUUAGAGCAAUUUAAACUAAAGUGGGGAAAAUAAAAGAUUGUUAAUUUUUUUAUCAGUUAUUCAACUCAUUUUCCCACGGGUCCUAUUAAUGGUGAUAAAAAAACUGUGAUAUUAAAGCACACCCCUUGAUUUCAAUUCAAAACGCCACUCCUAUUACUGCGCCUUGAUCACUUCACCGUCUAUUCUGAGCCUCCUCUCUUCCUACAAUUCGCAUUCACUGUAAGGACACGGAGCCACCUUUGUCUUUUCUUUCCCUUCUCAAAUUUAAUUAAAGUGAGCUGAAAAAAUAGAAUCUAUUAUGUCCAGUUUGGCAAAUGUUAACAACAUAUUUUGGCAAGAAUGCCCCGUCGGGAAUUCUGAGAGGCAAAAGCUACUUAAUCAGAAGGGAUGCGUUGUCUGGAUAACAGGGCUCAGCGGAUCAGGAAAAAGCACACUAGCAUGCUCUAUAAGCAGAGAACUACACUCUCGAGGAAAACUAACCUAUGUUCUCGAUGGUGAUAACGUUCGUCAUGGUCUGAACAAAGAUCUUCGUUUCAGUGCUGAAGACCGAACUGAAAAUAUACGCAGGGUUGGGGAAGUAGCAAAACUCUUUGCUGAUGCUGGUUUAAUAUGCAUUGCUAGUUUGAUAUCUCCAUACAGAAAAGACCGGGAUGCUUGCCGUGCAAUGUUGCCAGAAGGAAAUUUUAUUGAGGUUUUCAUGAACAUGUCUCUAUCAUUGUGCGAGUUAAGAGACUGUAAAGGCCUUUACAAGCUUGCACGUGCUGGAAAGAUUAAAGGUUUCACUGGCAUAGAUGAUCCUUAUGAACCACCUUUGAACUGUGAGAUAGAGUUACAAGAAAUAGACGGAGUCUGCGCCACACCGGGUGCCAUGGCUGGGCAAGUAGUAUCUUACUUGGAAAAUAAAGGGUUUCUGCAGGAUCAAUGAUUCUCUAAUCUGCUUCGACAUCACGGAUAUAACGGUGCCGAGUAUCAGCAGACUCUGACUACCAUCUUGCCCGCGGUGUUUGGAAUAAAGAAUAGAUGGCUAGUAAUACUCUAGCCUUUAUAGAAUCCACCUUUGAGAUAGCUUAAGUGUACUGAGACUUGUUGUUUGUGUUCAUUCUCAAGACGCAAUGUUCCAUAGUUCCUUUUAUCUUCUUAAUCUGAUAAAUGUUCAUCCAGAAAAUUGUAUCAAUUGUAUGUUUACAGAAAAAAGCUUGUGUAUGCAUUUUGAGUUGAA